AUGCUCUUGAUGUCUGACCUGUACAUCUGGUGUGCCGGUCAGCUGCUGCCCUCACCACUCCGAAACUUCCCAACGCUCCCAAUUGUCAAGUUGGGAAAGCACUUUGAAAAAAUGAGGGAUUUUGAAAAGCACAUGUCAAAGGUUCCUAGUAUGAUUGAGCUCUAUCAUCUUACUGUCUCCGGAAACGUCACAUUUGGGAAGGACGUGGUGUUGAAGGGCACGGUUAUCAUUAUAGCCCAAGAUAACGAGCAGAUCGACAUUCCGAAUGGCUCUGUUCUAGAAAACAAGGUCGUCACAGGCAAUCUUCGAAUAGUCAAUCACUAG